AUGAAGCUAGUGCGGCGUGCCCGAAAGGGCAUUCGUGAGCGACGAAUGAAAGCAUGCAUUAAUGAUCUGAACUCGAAUUUGUCGAAGGUGGAGAUGCGCGUCUUCCGAAAGCAAAAGAAGGAGCGUGAUGCGAAGCGUCAGGCUUUGGGGAUUGGUGAGGUGGUACCAAAGGAUGUACUGAGUGGCCGAAUGAACCCUGAUCUGUAUGCGGUGGAGUGCCGGCUUCACCAAGAGGCAGGCCUACCCAAGCCGCUGCCGUACCAAGGGUACAAGGAAGAUCUGGCGCGGAGCCGUGCCACCACCCACUGCGUGGGGUUUGUUGGAUUCCGGACGAUUCUGCAUGCUAUCCGGGCCCGCAACAUGUAG